AUGCAGGCUGCCCAGCAGUCCUGGGAGCUCGAGAACGCGAUAACCGUCUUCGACCCGCAACGCGAUGCUCUCUACCAAUAUGACGAAGCCACACAGAAACAGCUCAAUGCCGAACGACCAUGGGCCUCUGACCCCUACUAUUUCAAGCACGUCCGGGUCUCCGCAACAGCACUAUUGAAGAUGGUGAUGCACGCCCGCUCCGGCGGCUCACUGGAAGUGAUGGGUCUAAUGCAAGGCUAUAUCCUACCAAACACCUUCGUGGUGACAGACGCAUUCCGGCUACCGGUCGAAGGCACCGAAACCCGGGUCAAUGCGCAAGACGAGGCGAACGAGUACAUGGUGUCAUAUCUGCAAUCGUGUCGGGAUGCAGGGCGGAUGGAAAAUGCUGUUGGGUGGUAUCACAGUCAUCCCGGAUAUGGAUGCUGGCUAUCGGGUAUUGAUGUGGCUACGCAGCAAACGCAGCAAAUGACGGGGCCGUUCGUUGCUGUUGUUAUUGACCCCGAACGUACCAUCUCCGCUGGUCGUGUUGAAAUCGGUGCUUUCAGGACUUUCCCUGAGAAUUUCACUCCGUCCAAGGAGGCUCAUGAGGAUGAUGAAUAUCAAACUAUCCCGCUUGGCAAGGCGGAGGACUUUGGCGCGCAUGCCAACUCAUACUAUUCGCUUGACGUUAGCCAUUUCAAGAGUACGCUCGAUGCGGAAAUAUUAACUCUCUUGUGGAACAAGUACUGGGUUGCAACUCUCAGUCAAAGUCCGCUGUUCACCUCACGCGAUUUCGGCAAUAAGCAGAUGCUGGAUCUCGGUCAGAAGGUGCGCAAAGCUGCGCGUGGAAUGGAGAGCACCGGACCUCGGACUACUGGCACUGCGACCAAGGACCAGCAAUUGGACAAGGUUGUUCGUGGUGGACAGCGCAUUGUCGCAGAAGAAGCCAAGGGUCUACUAGCGUCGGAAGUGAAGAUGAAACUCUUCCACAGCGUUGGAGGUAAGCCCUCUUCGACAGCCUGA